CCUUUCCAAUUGCAAUAUUGCGGGUUAUAGAAACGGCCCGGCAACUUCGGUCCGUGCAGAGCAAGAAAGCCUUGAAGUCGCACCAAUACAAAUAGAGGUCGGAGGAAGAUCGAGAGUCAGAGACCCAGAGAGAUCGAGAAGGAACAGAGUGAAGGAAAGAGAACGGCUACCGGAGACUGACGACCGGCGAGUUCAAGCGAUAAAUCCUAAUAGGAGAGAUCGAGCGCGCCGACAAGGGAAGAUCGUACAAGUCUCUGUGGCUGAAUUGAUUAUUCCGUGCCCUAAAACCCCAUUUCCGAUCGGCUUUCCGCUUGCUGAUAAUUUCAGGCUCCGGCGAAAGAGGAGGACGCCGAUGGGCUUUAUCAGAAGUAGCUUCUCCUUUAUAACGGGAACUGUUUUUGGGAUUUACCUGGCUCAAAAUUACAACGUUCCAAACAUCAGGAAGCUCGCUAAUACUGGGCUUGUGAUGGCCAAGCACAUCGAAGAGAAUUACAGGAAGCCAAAGAAGAGGGAGGAUGAUGAUUGAUUGGAAGAUUUACAAUCCAGGUUCCCCUUUUGACAUACUAUUGAAGAACUGCUUGUUACUUCUGUUCUGGAUUUGUAGGCAUUGAGUACUAUAUGUUAAAAUUUUGUGGUCUUAUAUUCAGGGAACUAAAAAUUUUCAGCAAUUUAA